AUGGCGGUCUCCACAGGAGUUAAAGUUCCUCAGAAUUUUUGCUUGUUGGAAGAACUUGAUGGACAGAAAGGAGUAGGUGAUGGUAUGGUUAGCUGGGGCCUUGAAGAUGAUGAAGACAUGACAUUUACAAGGUGGACAGGCAUGAUUAUUGGGCCACCAAGGGUGGAUGCACGAAGCAUACCAGUAUUAGCAAAAUGGCAAAAUUCCUAUAGCAUUAAAGUUGUCCUCCAAGAGCUAAGACGUCUAAUGAUGUCCAAAGAAAAUAUGAAGCUUCCAUGACCCCCAGAAGGACAAACAUACAACUGAUUUUAGUGGAUCUCAAACUUGUCUUAAAUCAACAACCUUCUACUCAUGUUAGUCUUUAUUAAAUAUCACCAUG